AUUGCACUCUUCAUUAUCAAAAUGCAAUAACAUUCAUUUGCUUCGAAAAUCACAAAUGUUAAUGUUAAAGGAAACCAUGUGCUUAAUGUCUAUGUGAACAUUGAGUGGAAAUCAAAAAGGUAGUACCAAUAUAAACUUUUCAUGAAAUGGCUCUAGGGAAAUUACAACAAUCUAAUCUCAAUUAAACAUAUGAGUUAACCAAAAAGAGCGAGACUUUUAAAUCUUUGCUAUCUGAAACUGAGACUACAAUGAAGAAAAUAUGUUAAGAUUUUUUUCAAUCAAUCAAAUAAAUAUAUGAAAUGAUUGAUAAGGAAAACAACUCAUACAUAAAUCUUCUCCACUAAAAUCCAUUAGAAUCCUCCUAUACAGAUUUAAAAAAAUUAUUCUCCAUUGUAACAGGAACAAAAUUAAAUGACUAUGAUGAUUAGAAAAAUUCAUAUAUGAUUGAGUUGGAGCAGAUCAAGAAAAUAUGGAACCAAGAAAUUUUGGUUUUAAUAGAAAAAUCGAAAGAAGGAAUGAAAAAGAUUUAGUCAUUAAAAAUAAAGUAAGAGUUUAAAAUUUCAUUUUAGGAUUGAAUCAAAUCAAGAGGAAGAAGAAGUUUAUUAAUUGAAAGAAGAUAUUUGUGAAAUUUUAGACUAUACUAGAGAUAUUGAUAUACCAAUAUUUGAAGGGAUUAUUGAUGUAUUGAGAAAGGAGAAAAUUUCGGAUAUCCUUGCAUUUCUUUCAAAGCCAUUCAAUUUUAAAGAAUAUGAAUCAUUUAUUUUUAAGAAAGAAGAAAUAAGUGAUGUUAAGAAGAAAAUUAAGAAGAUCAAUAAUGUGAUGAAAAAUCUUAGUGAUCAUCUAUUUAAUAAAAUGUACUAUUCUUCAGAUCUUUUUUUCAAGGCUAGAUAAAAUCUAAUCAAUAAAAUAGCAGGAAAUAAGAAUAUCAUUGAAUUUCUGAAAUUUUUAGUUCAAAUCACAACUAUAGAUGAAAAAUUUAUUUAAUCCGGAUCAAAUGGAUUAAAUUUAUUAGUGCAGAUGAAGGUUGAUCUUUCAAAUAAAAGCUUUGAAGACAUCAAGAUCUAGAAUACGAGUCUAAUUGGAGCUAAUUUUGUAAGAUGUAAUUUUAGUGGAUCCGUAUUCGAAAAUGUAGAUCUUAGUGGAGUUAAUCUAAAUGGAGCUCUACUGUUAAAUUGUAAGUGGAAGAAUAUUAAAAUUCACUAGUAGAACAAAUAGGAUGGUCAUGCUGGUCCUGUCCAAUCAAUAUGCUUUUAACCAGAU